ACGCCUCAUCCUCACCGAGGCAACAGGCGGGCGGGCGGUUCCGGGUGUGCGCGGGGCUGGCGGCGGCGGAGGGAUGAUUCCUCUCCAGAGUUUAUUUCUGAAUGGAAGGGUGCUCUUUUCCAGUAGAAGAUGGUGAUCCUAACGUAUGAUCAUGGAGAAGGGGAUAAGUUCAGUAGAAGUGUUACCUUCCGAAUCGUCUCAGGUUACAGCUGUAAAAGUGGUGGUCAAAGAGCCCGAAACAAAGCAAACCCAAAGAGGGAAACGAGUGGGAUUUGUGCUUGUCCAUGCAGGUGCAGGUUAUCAUUCCGAAUCCAAAGCUAAGGAAUACAAGCAUGUGUGCAAAAGAGCCUGUCAGAAGGCAAUUGAAAAGCUACAGGCUGGUGCUCUUGCAACAGAUGCGGUGACUGCAGCACUUAUAGAAUUGGAGGAUUCUCCUUUUACAAAUGCAGGAUUGGGAUCUAACCUAAACCUUCUGGGUGAGAUAGAAUGUGAUGCCAGUAUAAUGGAUGGGAAGUCAUUGAAUUUUGGAGCAGUUGGAGCACUGAGUGGAAUCAAGAAUCCAGUUUCAGUUGCAAAUAGAUUGUUGUGUGAAGGGCAGAAGGGAAAACUCUCUGCUGGCAGAAUUCCACCUUGCUUUUUAGUUGGUGAAGGAGCUUACAGAUGGGCAGUUGAUCACGGGAUACCAGCAUGUCCUCCAGGUAUCAUGGCUACAAGAUUUAGUUUAGCAGCUUUUAAGAGGAACAAGAGGAAGUUGGAGUUGGCUGAAAAGGUGGAAACAGAUCUUAUUCAUCUAAAGAGAAGAAGACAAUCAAAUGAAAAGGAGAAUGACUCAGGAACAUUGGAUACAGUUGGUGCAGUUGUUGUGGACCAAGAAGGAAAUGUUGCUGCUGCUGUCUCCAGUGGAGGUUUAGCACUAAAGCAUCCUGGAAGAGUUGGUCAGGCAGCUCUUUAUGGUUGUGGCUGCUGGGCUGAAAAUACAGGAGCUCAUACCCCUUACUCCACUGCUGUGAGUACUUCAGGUUGUGGAGAGCACCUUGUCCGAACCAUACUGGCCAGAGAAUGUUCAUGUGCUUUGCAAACAGAAGAUGCCCACCAAGCUCUCCUAGAGACUAUGCAAAACAAGUUUAUUGGUUCGCCUUUUCUAGCCAAUGAAGAUGGUGUUCUCGGAGGUGUGAUAGUUCUUCGGUCGUGCAGGUGUUCAGCAGAGCCUGAAUCGUCACAGGAAAAGCCAACUUUACUAGUGGAAUUUCUGUGGAGCCAUACAACAGAGAGCAUGUGUGUAGGAUAUAUGUCUGCACAGGAUGGCAAAGCAAAGGAAAGCAAAUCAAGUAAGAAUAUUCUCAGGGACAGUGAAAUUUCUAUUUAUGGAGCUGAAGAUGCGGACAUGAAGAUGUCAUUCUUAAUCUACUUCUCCUUGGCAUAUGGUUCCCUCAGAGAGGCUUCCAUGAAGCUGAGUGGAGGAUUAAUACAGGAAAACUCUUUCUUUGCCUGCUUUUGUGCUCUGAGGCACAAUUUCCCCCAGGUGUGGGUUCAUUCAACUUGUAAAGCUGAGAGACUAAUUAAUAAAAAUUCAAUUCAAAGCUUUCCAGGGUUGUUCUUUAUUUGUUUGGUUUUUAUUUUUGUACUUUAAAAAUCUAAACCUAAUCCACUGUACAAUCUGGACUUAAUGUAAAGUAUGAUGUUGGGAUAUAAAAAUGUGACAAACUCUGCAAAUAAGUUCUGUGGUUGUGUUUAAAAAUAUUUCGUGUUCUUUGAUCUUUCGUUUUAUUUACUGGAGAUUGUUCUUAGGGCUAAGAACAAGGGGGAUAUAGCUGUAUGAGUUCCCUUGGGAGUUUAUCUGAAGUUGUCUUGACAUGGCAAUGUUAUCCUUUCGUAUUACUGAUUACGUAAUGUAUUUUAAACACUAUCAUCUUGUAUCUGUCUUCUUGUUGUUCUGCAUAAGGCAGCCAUUGGUGAAAGUGAUAAGAAGUAGUCAGUGUAAAACAGCAUUCUUAUUUGCUCCAUCAUAUAAAGUAUGCGGAUGGCCAGGAUGCAAGAAAAGGCUUUAAGAGAGGUUUUGUUGUAUGUGGUUUGGGUGUUUCUGUAAAUGGAAAUUUACAGAUGGCAGUGUAUAGUGGUUUGGGGUCUUCUGUAUGGGAAAAGUGGUUUUCCUUUUAUAGGAAAUGAAUUUUUGUAGAGGAAAUGUGUUUCGGACAGCCUAUUUAUUUAAGCAUAGCUACUUGAUAAUGUGUUGAUAGAUAUCGAUUAUCUGCUUAUCCCCUCUUGUAUAUUUUCUUUUCCUUGCUCAAAAACUUAUUAGGAUAUAAUUCUUAACUAAGUUUUUAAAAUAACAGGAUCUAUGAAUUUCAUGUGGAUUCAAUGGAGCCUCACAUUUUGCUCCUACAAUUGCAUAAGAGGCUAUUAGGCAUUUAACUUUGGGCUGGGGGGUAAGUCAAGCCUAUGCAGAAGGUCAACUCAUAACUUGGGUCAGAAAGCUAAUUUACACAAGUCAGGUCUGUUGUAGUUAUAAUGAAAAAAUUUGAUUAUAAGAUUCGUGACAAUCAUAACAAUAUUUCUUCUGUUUCAGUAACAAGCUUCUUAUGCUUCUUGGUAGCAUCAUGGGGCCUUUUGUACUUUUUCUUGUAUUGCUACAAUCAUCUGCUAAUAAUUCUGACUGAUCACAGUAAAUAAGCAAUCUCACAAAUGUUGCCUGCCUUAGAGUGGACCACUGGUUAGCUUUGAUUGCAGCAUGUCACUAGAAAAUCAGUGGUGUUGAACACUGCUUUUACACUGUCAUCUUAUCCCACUUUUCAUUUAGAAAUUUUCGCAGACCUGGAAAAAGGUCUUGGGUCUGUCGGUCAUAA